AUGGUUUCGGUAAUUUUACUUACAACUGAAGAAGUGCUACAAACUAAUAGUCACUGGGUAUGUUUGGACGCAAUGUGGACGACCGAAGACUUGGAACCCUUCGAGGAAGUGAAAGCCGAACACAUGUUUUCCAAACCGCUCACCAGAGAUGUUUACUACGCCAAGUAUCCAGACAUACCCAGGAGUGAGUCGGAAGAUGAGAACUCCUACAGCGUGCAUAGUUUUAGAAGGAAACAUCAAGCCUGGAAAUCGAAAAUAAUAAUAAAAAAACUUGAAUCGCGAAGAAAUUCUACUCAAUCUGUGGCAAGUAAUGCAGCAAGCACUUCGGUUCAAAAUGUUUCUACUAGAGUUUCAUCAUUUGUCUUUAAUGAGAACGAAAAGAUCAAUCUGCAAAGCUCCCAAGAAAAGGAUGAGAAAAUUCGUGCUUUUUUCCUGCGAUUGAUCGAAAGCGUUCCACCGCCGCCCGUAGACAUGUCUAUAGUACAGUCAAGCCUACAAGACUUAAACGAUCUUGACUUACCGAGCUACGAUGAUUUUGCCAAGGAGAAAAUAUCGGGUGAGGAGCAGCUGCAAGGACCAGCUACGUCCACAAUGAAGCGACCGAAGCGCAAAGAACGUACAAAUUCAUUAAGAAGCGAUACGGAUGGCUGGGAAACGUGGCAGGAAAGCAUAUAUGGAAUAAUGGAUGGCUCUUUAGUUGGAUCGAAUCGCGAUAGUGACAUAUCGUGGGCGGAUGUUAUCAACAUGUGUGGUAUAGCUGACAGAGCGAACAGUGCGGAAUCAUUACACUAUGAGAAAAUAAUAAGUAAAUCCCACUUACGAAACUUUAUAUCGCCAAUAUCUCAGGAAGAUGACUAUGAUAAAUUCGCGGAACAUAAAUUGGGAAUGUCUUUAGAAGCACCCGUUCCUGACUCUUCAUCGCUGCACAAUUUCAGUGAGAACGACAACAUAGCUCGAUCCGUUUUGACUAAUUCAGCUUUCGGAACCCUUUAUCGUUUAGCUCCGUGGGACGAUCCAGAAUAUGAACCUCCAGAAAACGAAUUGCAGAAGAAUUCCGAUCGAGUGUUAUCUGAACACGAGCUGAGGGUCCAAAGGUCACUGCAGAAACUCAAUGUUCCAGAAUGGUACAAAAACGCACCAGCCCCGAGGGAGGGCUUCCUCUUACGCAAACGAUUGUCUGACGCUUCGGCAUCGGCGGGCAGGUGGAGCGGACUUAACUCGAAGACCACCUCGUUGGGGAGCCUAGGUGUCAAUGCGCAACCCCCACCGCCACAAUUAUCCCCACACACCACCAGCUUCGGCAGGUGGUCGACUAGCCGGCUUAACUCGAAUCAAACGUCGCCGUGCUCUUCGACCCGUAGCAGCAUCAGGGGCGCCUCUCCCCUCUGUUCGCCUUCGACCAGGUCCUCGUUCAGCGCCCGGCAGCCUUACCUCGGUUGGCGGAGUCAAGAACGGCUGAACGCCACCCCUCGGACGCCGCACGAAAGGCUCGCCUGCUCCCUGCUGCAGCAGACCGCGACCAGCAAAGCCUCGGAGGAGAUCCAGACCUCGAUCAAAGAGGUGACGUCGGCCAUCGUCCACUACGUGUCGGGCCUCGAACCCUCGAACGGCGAUCUCGAUGACGUCUCGCCGCGCUCGAGCCAGAAGCUGUAUUGGCUGGAGAGCUCCUUCGUCGGAACGAAGCCCCUGGAGUCGCCCCGGACGCCGCUCGUGACGGAGCUGCCCCCGCCCCACCCGCGGCCGCCCUCCUCGCUGAGGCUCGAGCAUCGCGCGGCGCCCGACUGGCAAGAUUCGCAGCGUUCUUUGAAUGUCGGUAUUACAAAACCUUCCCCCGGAUCUACCACUUUGGAGGACGUAUUGGACUCACUUUUAGGACUCCCCUCACAACCUGCCAGAAUCCCUACGCCUCAGCCGAGCCCUAGGAAAUCCGCCAGUCCUCACUACGCACUCGGCGGGAAGAGUCCAAGAUAUGAACAAUUAGCGAGUAGUGGUCACAGCAGUGCCUCUGUCGCCUCUCGUUUCUUGAACACUCCCAGCGACGCUCCCAGCUCCUUCACGGACCCCAGCCCCGAGGACCGAGCAGGCAAGGAUACAGUUGAUACGGCGGGCGAAAUGCCGGAACCGAGACGGACUCGGUCCGCUCUAGGCGAGCCUUCGCGGCGGAGGAGCGAGCCUUUCGCCGACCGCUCCGCCUCCCUCGACCGUCGGACCAGUCUCGACUCCGCGGCCCUGCGAUCUGAAAAUCUCCUCCGACACGACUCGAGAGCCUCUCUCGCCUCUCUGCAGAGCGAAACGAGCGUGGACGACGCGUUCGUCAAAUGCAAAUAUCCCAAAUGCGCGUCUCGCACGCCUCUAGCGGAAGCCAAACGGCAUCACAAGACGUGCCACAACUGCAGCACGACGUACUGCUCGAAGGAGUGCCGCAGAGCCCACUGGGAGAAGCACAGGAAGGUGUGUCUCCACUCCCGCGCCAGCGCCCUCUGCCGGCAGAUCAUCUCGGCGGCCAAGGAGGACGCGGCCUCUCUGCACCGAAUAAGCACGGUCGCGUAUCAGGGAUAUCGAAUCCUAGGUCGCGGCGUAGUCAAAGUGUUCUUCACGAGUCCGGAGGCCGCGGAGAAGUUCACGACUCUCGGUUAUCAAUAUUUGAGCGAGCCCGAAUUCGUAAAGUGGACGGCUCUCCAGCCCAACGAGAUGGGGGCGGAGCUGUACACGGAAGUGGUGAAGCUCUGCAAAAGUUACAACCCCGAGACGCGAGUGAUCCUGUACGUCGCCGUCUGCGUCGUGAGCGAGGUGCCGACGAAGGGAGCCGUCAAGUGGGAGAGGCAGAUGGUGUCUCGGUGCGCCAAACUGCGCCUGAGCAGAUCGGUAUCUUCAGUUAUACAGGAACAGAAUAGGAGGAAACAGCGGAGGGACGGCAAAGGUACGCCGGAAGACAGAGAGACUUUGAUACUGACGUCCAAACUGUGGCCCACCGGCGAGAGGAACGCGGCGACCGCCCACAGAUUUAGAGAAAUCUGCUUGAGAAACGUAUGCACUGAAUUAGAGAGUAGAGGCGUAGUUCUCGAGAAGCAUUUUCCAGAAGUGUACUCGAGGUUAGGGGCGUACGUGGACGGGACGAGCGAAAGGUUUAUUCCGAUGACCAUUUAUCCUAAGGAUGUACACAGUGGGAAGUCAUUUGUGUGUGUGAUAAUGCCGGACAGCGACGUGGAGAGCGGGACGCCGGUGGACGGGAAGGUCAUGACGAUUGACGUGGGACUGGAUCGAUCGAAACACCAAUUAUCUACGCCAAUGUAG